AUGUUUAUAUAAAAAUAAUUGGGAACAGUAUAUAAAUAUUCUAUAUAUGAAGUUAAACAAGAAAAGUACAGAAAACUUCCAAGUUAGAAAAGUUUAUUUCAAUGUGGACAAAAAUGUUUACAUUUUUAGUUAUUAGCCUAGCAUUUUUCAAUAACGUUUCACCUGCCGCUCAGCAUGGUACAACUCGAAAAACUAUUUACGGAUGGAUUCGUGGAAAGGUUACCUCUCGUGUUCCAGGUUUGAAAGUUGAGGAAUACUUAGGGGUGCCUUAUGCAUUACCUCCUAUUGGACACUUUCGUUUCAAGAGACCUAAGGAACCAGUCAUGUGGCACCCUAUCGUAUUAAAAACAACGAAACUGCCCCCUGCCUGCCCUACUGUUAAUCUAGACUACAUACAAUUCCACAAACCGGGUUUCAAAAACUUCAACGAAGACUGCUUGUACAUGAACAUUUAUAAACCUUUGACCCGGAGACGAAAGCUGCCAGUCUUAUUUUUUAUACACGGAGGUUCCAACGUUGAUGGAAUGGGUGCAAUGUUUGACGGGGACAUAUUAGCGGCUCACGGACAAAUAAUUGUUGUGACAUUUAAUUACAGAGUUAGCGUACUGGGAUUUUACGCUAAUGAAAGUCUUGGUAUUAAGGGUAACAAUGGACUAAUGGAUCAAGUCCUGGCAAUGAAGUGGAUUCAAAGGAACAUUAGAUAUUUUGGUGGAGAUCCAUCCAGAGUUACGAUACAUGGACACAGUGCAGGGGCCGCUGAUGUUGGUGCUCACUUAAUUUCACCUCUGACUAAAGGUUUGUUUAGAAAUGCCAUUAUUCAUAGUGGCUCCCCACUUGCACACUGGUUUAUGUCAAAAUGUGUGCGGUCUGGUAAUACAUUGGUCAUUCCGAAAAAAUGUAGACGAAGAACCACUUUAUUCCAAAGUGAGGGGCUCACAGCAAAGAUAAGAAAAUUAGUGGAAGGUUCUCCAAUUACUGAUUUCUUCUCGUCGAUAUCACCUGAUCAGGAUUUAUAUGAAAGUACGGUUAUUGAUGGAGAUUUCAUUACUGAUAGUCCCAACAAAUUGUUUACAUGUGGACAGUUUCAUGCACAUUCAGUUUUGCUUUUAAUGGCACGCGAUGAAGGACUACAAGCCAACCCAUCAGAAAUUGAACGUUUUUAUAAAUAUGAAACAAUUGAUCGCUUUAUAGCUGAUAACAAGGAUUUGUUUCCGGAAAGAAAACGGAAAUUUGAAGAAGACAUUUUGAGAGUUAACAGGGAAUGGAUAAAGAACAAUAUUUCCACGUUUCCUAACUAUCUACACAUGAAUGCAGACCUUGGAUUUUUUGCUCCAAUGGUAAAGCUAGCAGAUAGAAUUUCGGAAAAAUUAAAGAAAGUUUUCAUGCUCAGUUUUCAGUAUAUCUCAGAACAUAAACCAGGACCACACUGGACAGGAGUACAGCAUGGUUGGGAUUUGUUUUAUGUAUUUGGAGUGCCUACAAUUGGACACCCGAACUUCUCGUAUACACGACGGGAUGCAAGGGUGUCUAGGGACACGAUGCAACUUAUCAGUGAAUAUGUUCGAAAAGGUUUUACCAACUCAGAUGGGAUGAAAAUGGAAAUUUACAAUUCAUCUAGUAAAUCAUAUAACAAACUGGAUUAUGUUGACGGGAAGACUAUUGUGACAAAUAAUUUUAAUUUCAGGAAACCAAGAAUAGACUUUUGGUACAAGUAUCUGUUUGCCUAUGAUAAUUAUAAAUGUUCUAGAAAUAACAUUAGACAUGGAUAAA